AUGACUUACACCAACCUGGACGAAGACCGCGAAGCUCACACAAGUAGUGACUCAAUAAAGUCACCCAAUCACGCCGAGCAUUUCCUGAUUCGUCAACCACGGCGACCCUCACACACUGCGUCUGAAUACUCGAACUCGACGGGAAGCCACGCAUCUCUCACACGGCGCCCAAGGCAUGGCAAAAUCUCACGCAGGAGUUCUCUUGCUGGUAGCGACAUAGGAAAAAGGCCCAGAGCCUCGGUUGGAGUACGAAAAUUGAAUGCCGGUUAUGGUGCAACCUGGACGGAGCGUCACUCUCAAUAUCGUUCCACAGAUAAGGAUAACAGCACACUAGAAUCGAUACUGUACCGUCCAGGAUUAACAUUCACUCGGCACAUUGAUCGAAAAUCGACUAACCGAACAUCCACCAACAAAGCAUCUUCGACACAUGGCUCAAAUGAAUCCAUUUCUACGACUGACGAUACUCGACCAUCGGCAAAGGAGUGGUGGAAAAUGGCGCUAGAGAGAAUCGGUGCUUCUGUAAGAGCACUUCGAGCAUUUCAGAUUCGCAAAGCCCCGCUUGCUGAAGGGAUUGGCGCCCGGAAGGCUUUGGAAAGUGGGCAGUCUAGUCUGAUGGCUUCCAAAGUUGGUUUCAAGAUGUCCACCUACCGGAGACGACCAGAUAACGCGCAUCUGCACCUCAGUCCGACCCUCCUGGCAGCAUUAGCUAAAACCGCUGACCCAGACUCAUUGACGACUUCAGAUAUCGAUAAUCUAUUUCAUCUUACUAGUCUUGUGCCUGUAUUUGCCAAAUACGAUGAAGGCAUAAGAAGAGCACUGGCAAGAGUGAUUACAUAUGAAGUGUUUGAGGCAGGGAGAGUAGUAGUGAGGCAGGGUCAUGAGGCGCAGAAUUUCUAUCAUAUACUUUCUGGAGAGGUGGAGGUAACAAAGAAAGUAGAAGAUCGGGUCAUUGUCAUCAGUGUGCUGAAAGGAGGCGACAGUUUUGGUGAAACUUCUCUUCUCCGCAAUCAUCGACGAAGUGCGACCGUCACUACACUCACCACACCCACAGCCUUCCUACGAGUAGCAAAGUCCGAUUUUAAUGAGAUUCUUCAGCAUGAAACACAAGCGGAUGUUGACGCCAAAAUCGCGCUCAUUGGUAGUAUACCGCUGUUUGCAUGUUUGGCUCCAAGUGCUAUCAGGCAUUUAGCGGUGGUGAGUCGGACGAGAUCGCUUGCUAGCAACGAGGUUAUUGUUGCCGAAGGUGAAGUACCAGGCUUUUUAUUUAUUAUUAGAGAAGGCGCAUGCCGGGUGGUAAAAGCUGUCAAAUUCAAUAGAAUGUCUGAUAUACAUGGACGGAUUCGAAUACGACCUUACAUUCCCCCGCCUCCGCCAAUUAGGCAGAAGACCGCUCACAGUCUCAUAGUACAUUCGACGGCGGGUAGUCGGAUGCAUUCGCGCGGAAUGGCGGUAGAGAGAGGCACGUCCGGGUACCUGAUUCUUCCUCCCAUUGCCUCUAGCUCAACGGAGACGUCAAAGGCCAAGGAAAUGGGACAUGACCAACACAACCCUCCAGUUCCACUUCCUGCUCUCCCUUCAUCAAAGAAUCUUGUCAGUACAGGACCAUCUUCAAAGUUCACUACUCUUUUACUAAGUGCAACAACUCUUACCACCGGCGCCUGUAUCGGUGCAACCUCAGCUAUUCUCAGUCACUGUACUGGCCCUCAUCUACGCUUCCUACCGCCAACAGCGUCACCACGGUCUUCGUUCUCUCUCAUAACAUCUCGCCCAACGCGUGUUCUUCUCCUCUCCCGACCGGACUUUGCACGACUGUGUACCACUGAAAUGGCGGAAAUGAUUGGAAAGGAUGAAAAGGAAUGGCAAGCUACCUUGAGUCCAGAAGCGCUAGCAGAUGCGUGGAAGGUAGGGUACGCUUGGAAACGGUACAAGAAAAGAGUUUUUGACGAUGCUGAGGAACGUGUAGAGGAGGAAAAGCAGAGAAAGCUUUGGACUAUUAGUUAGCCAUCAAACGUAGAGUAGUUUCGUUUGGCUAGACUGUUCAUAGCUAAACAGAUGCCAGCCAGCGUGGAUAGAUUAGAAAGAUAAGCUUCAGACUGUGGCUCCACAGCAGUCUUCCUUCCAUGUGAAAUUUUAGACCCAGGAAGCACAAUUGUUCAAGACGUCGCAAAGGACACAUUGAAAU